AUGAAUGGAAAGAGGCAAGAGUCAGCUCACCGACAUCACUCCCUUGAUGUGCAGCUCAGGUACCUGUGGGGCGGUGUCCUGGGCUUUCUCGCCCUGAGCGCCUCUGUCCCUGGGUGGCUGCAGCUCCUUUCUCUCCCCUCUGAGUCCCCCCAGGACUCACUUUCCCGGGCGGCUGUGGCGGUUGGGCGGAUGCAGCCCCUGUGUCCCCACUCCGAGUCCCCCCAGGACUCACUUUCCCGGGCGGCUGUGGCGGCUGGGCGGCUGCAGCGUCGCUGGUCUGCUCAUGCUAGCGUUAGUCGCUCGGUCGUGUCUGACCCCACGGACUGUAGCCCUCCAGGCUUCUCUGUUGGUGGGAUUCUCUGCAAGAACGCUGGAGCGGGUUUCAUGCCUCCUCCAGGGCACCUUCCUGCAUCGGCAGGUGGGCGCUCCACCACUGGGGCCGCCUGCAGAGGCUGCCACGCGGCUGCGUGCUCCGUUCGCAGCCCUGCAGGUGCAGUCUGGCGCCAGGGCGUGAGCGCCAGAGCUCCUGCAGGGCUGUGCUCCUGGAACCCUCACCUCCAGCAGGAGCGGACGUAG